AUGCCUUCUCCACCGUCAGACACCUCGUUCCUGAUUCUUCCAUGGGCGGUCAUCGCCUAUCUACGCUCGAAGAAUCGCCAGUACCAAAAAUGGACAUACCGUCAAGCCUUGAUGAAUACGAUUCUCAAGGUAGGCCUGCACAAGUACAUCUCUCUGAAACGAACACCCUCCAUCUCCCUCAAACCCGGAUUUGAGAGGAAACGAUUUAUCCUCAUUGAGCCUGCAGGACCUGAGUUGUAUUCGGGCCUCGCAUUAGACGGAAAGACCAAACCUGAGGCUGUCGGGGCAACCUGGUACCCCAAACUUCCUACCCCGGAUCUCAGGCUCCCCGAAGGCCAGCAUGUCGUGCUCCAGCUGCAUGGUGGGUCCUACAUAACAGGAGACGGCCGCACAGGGUCCUGUCAAUUCAUCGCCAAGAACUUUCUCUCAUACACCCCGAGUCGAUACGUGCUAUGUCUCCAGUACCGGCUAGCGGGCACCCCAAAUGGACGUUUCCCCGCUCAGCUGCAAGAUGUCAUCACUGCAUACUUCUAUCUCCUCGGCACUCUACAUAUUCCAGCCUCGCAGAUUAUUCUGAGUGGUGAUAGCGCCGGGGCUAAUCUUGCUUUGGGGCUUUUGCGGUACAUCACACAAUUCAACGAUUCGUCUCUUCUUCCCGCGCCAAAAUGCACAUGGCUCUUCUCUCCCUGGACCAAUAUUCCCGGAGCAACAGACUUAGAUGCUUGGAACGAUAGCCCCAACUACAAGACUGACUGUAUACCAGCAUCUUUUCCAGGCUGGGGUGCAACACUCUUCUUGCAGGAUCUGGAAAUCAUCAAGUCAGUUGAGGAGCAUCUCGCUCCGAUAAAGCAUCCGUUUGCGUUGCCGUCACCUAUGCUGGUCGUGACUGGAGGGAAGGAAGUGCUGCACCAAGAGCAUCUGGAAUUCGCUGCAGUCUUCAAAGAGCUGCCAGAAAAUGAGUCUCUAGUGGAUUGCUUUGUGUCAGAAACAACACCACACGAUCUCUUCAUGAUUGCGUGGAUCAUGGGUUUCAAAAAAGAAGCUCGAGAGUGUGCUGAGAAAGCUGGGGAAUUUGUCACAAAAUUUACGUCUGUCGCCAAUGCAUGA